AUGAUGGAUCGCCAUUCGAUCAACUACUCCCAGACGGGCACGAUCCGGUACACGCUCGCGCACCUCGCGUGGCGCUGGACGACCAUCUCGGCCAUGACUUCGGCCGUUGGCGUAGCGGGGAUUCUGACGGUGAGUCAACGUCAUCACGGUUGCUCCAUUUUUUUCCGUAGAGAAAUGUCUGUGCUGACGAAACACCCCCUCGUGCGUUCGGUCUUGCACAGAGACGAGCCCCUUUAGUCAGAGUCUUUGCCGUCGGAACCUCGUUCGACCUCGUGUGCACGAUCGUGCUUCUGCUCGUAUUCCUCCUCGUCACCUUCUCCCCGACCUUGUCCGAACCUUUUUCGUCGUUCCUCUGCAGCGCCCUGACCUCGGGCGAGUUCGCCUCCGUCUCGACGCUCAAGUUGUGGGAAUCCGAAUCCCGAGUCGGCCCCGAAGGGCUCGGCAUCGAGCUCCUCAACUUUGGCAUCGAGGCGUGCGAGGAACACUGGCGAGGAGGGAUGGUGGCACUCAUUCUCGGAUCCAUUAUUGCCGUGGCUUUGAGGACGUUUGGGACAAUCGUGACGUGGGACUACCAUUCGACGCUCGUCAAGCAGAAGCUUUGGCUCCAGGAGAUCGAGAAUGGGGAACCCCUCGGCAUCCGAAAGGAGCAAGGCCGGUACGAUGCGGAAUCCAUCACAUCGUCAUCUGCCUUCAAGGGCUUGCGAGGAGGUCAAUCUGACGAGGAGAGUGGACGAAGAAAGAGGUCCCACACGACAGAAGGCCGAUACGUCGCAUACCGUGAACGACGCCGGUCCUCCUUCCCGUCGCCGUCAACGAGGCCGACCCGCGCCAACACGCUUCCGGUAAUGUUCGCUCAACAAGGCUCAGGAAUCGCAAAUUCGUCGUCGCCAUCGUCGCGACCUCGACUCGUAUUUGUUCCCGUCUACCUCGAUCGAAACUCUACCGCGGUGGCCGAGCCGCUUCCGAGGUAUUCCUCGUCUUUGCAGCUGCAACACAUCACCUCGGUCUCGGCAAUCUCGGACUCUGCCCACUCAACUGCUUCGGCGCAUCGCACACCAGAGUCGUCGCCUCCUAGCUCGCGGACCUCGUCGAGGAAUCGAACGUCCCCGACCCGAGCGCACAGAGCAAGCCGCAGUUCGAAGCCCGUCGUCCCUUCGCUCGCAUCGCACAUCGCCUCGGCCGCUUCGAUUCCCUUCGCCAUCGACACGGCCCUGGCCCCUGAACGUUCGCCCGAAGCCCUCUCUUCCGCUUCGUCGUCUUCUAUGACGGCAUUCGAUUAG